GACUAGGCCUCAGUCAAAGCGGCCUUAGUCGGGCAGAUCUCACAGAGCAGGACCUGAUUCUAAAUAGAUCGGGACGAUUCGGGUUGUCUGCGGACGACAGGAGCAGUUUGACAGUCUGUCCAAACCAUCGGUAUGCCCUGACAACGCAAUGGAUUGGAGGAAGAAGGACCACGUGCACCCAUCCAGAUCACAAAGGCAAGAGAACUCCGCUGAAACACCCAAGACGCGUAUCACUUUCUUUGUCCCAUCACAUAUACACAACGUACAGAAGAGUGGUACCUGUUGGAUCUGCAAUAUGUAAUCCUUGCAGAAAACAAGCAUCAAAGGAUACAGAAAGUGGUGACAUGGAAGAACAAGAACCAGACCAGAAAGUGGCGACGUGGAAGAACAAGAACCAGGACCAAGUCAGGCUUCUGAAAGUAUCAUGGGGCCCUUAGCACAGCCUGUACCAUCGACCUCUGCACCAUCAUUACAGACAACGUCUGAAGUCAGUCCCCAAGAGGAGGGAGAAAGUGAAUCAUCAUCAUCCAUCUCUGAGGUUCCUGCAGCUAAGGCCACCUUUGAAAGCCAGAGUAGCAGUACUACAAGUGAGGGGGAGGCAGACACAAGUAUCUGGGUCGAUGAACAGCACCAGCAGGAAGUGAACAGAGAAUCACUUAACACAGCUAUCGACCGGAUAACAGAAGGGAGGGUGAGUCCCAUAAGAUCGAGUCUAAACACACCGUGGGAAGAGGUAACAGAAAGACAAAAGAACUACUAUCUCAAGAAAGCCAGAGAGGCAGUAAAAACCACGAUGGCAGUCAUUGCGCCAGGUCAGGAACAGGAUUUGUGGCGUAGUCUAGUACAGGCACCACCAUUUUACCGUGAAGAACAACCGCCUGCGAAGAAGAAGAUGUGGGAUCAACAAACAGUACAAACGUUAGUAAAGGCGGACCAGGGAGCAGACACAUGGCAGACAAGGCAGCAAAUGCUAUCCUUGUUUGCAGAUGACUACACAAAAGAUGAACUUCAGCAACUCAUCCCCGGACUGUCUAAGUGGAGGAUUGACCAAGCCAGGGUGCACGACGCAGAGUCAGGCCCAGGAGAACCUGUACAACAACAACCCAUCUACCGCACAAGACUCAACCCAGUAAAGACAGACCACUUUCUCGCUUUUUCUCACACAACCACACCUGCUGUAAGACGUCGCAUAUGGAACCAAAACUAUGAAGCUGGACUGAGGAGAAACAAUAACAAUACCUGCCGCAAUCCGCACACUCCUCCCAUCAAGAAUCAUCACCCAAUACCAACAGUACUGCGCUGGCGUCAACUUCCAACCCCUCCCUGA